AUGGAUGGAAAUAAACCAUAUUUGGCUGUUCUUCUGGUUCAAUCCACAUAUUCUGUAAUGUUUUUGUUCUCCAAGGCUGUGCAUUCAAUGUCGGCUACACUUUUUAUUAACCUUCUUGAAUUGUUUCGAUCUAUUCCCAAGGAAAAACUGGUGAUUACUUUGAGCUUGAAUUUCUGUGGUGUGGCUCUUACGUAUACAUCUGCAAGUUUGGCUGCUGCAACUACAAACUGCCUUCCGGUUAUAACUUUCUUCCUUGCUGUUCUACUCACAAAAUUGGGUAAGUAUACUGCACAGGAGGUUAGAAAUGAUUUGUAUAAUCACACAAGCUCAUGUGAUGUAGAACUAAUUGUUGGAGCUUGUAUGGACUGUUUGGAUUACCAGAUCGAAGUCCAAACAGACAGGACCAUCAAAUUUUCAACUGAGCUUGAACAAUUAAUGUUGAAUUACAGAAUGGAAACUGUGAAGUUGAAGACAACCCCUGGCAUUGCAAUGGUUGCAGGUAUAACAAUCUGCAUGGCAGGAGCAGCAACCAUUGCCAUCUAUAGGAGCCCCUCUUUGAAACUCUUGUUACAUCACCACCUCUUUGGGGAUAAUCACAGCCAAGAACGUCAACUUCAUGUUCUCCCCAGGAAAACAUGGAAAAAUUAUUGCUUCCUCAUGCUUCUUUCCAACACCUUUUGGGGUUUCUGGCUUGUAUUGCAGCUUGGGACUUCUGAACCUGGGAGGUUGGCAUGGCAGCACCCUUGA